CAAUCACAAACAUCAGGACCUGCUCAGUUAGGGGAGGUGUAAAGCUGAGAGUAGAGCCCCUCCCAGAAAAACUUUCUAUAUAUAUUUUCAACUGAGAAAAUUAUAACUCACUUGUAAUCCCCCAGCAAAAUGUUUCUCUUCACUUUGGUGCUUCAAGUGCUGUUUCUACCGGAAGCUGACAACCUGAAAUGUGAAUGUGCAUCAAACCUGCCUGGAAGUUGCACUCAGAAAACAAUUGAAUGUUCUUCACAGAACUAUCGUUGUUCAGCAACAACACAAGUCAAAUUUCUAGGUGGUGCAAGGUUUUCUGAGCUCAACGACAAAAGUUGCGUUUUACCUGAACUUUGUCUUGACUUUUCCGUCAACUAUGGAGCUUACAGAGUGGUACAAAAGAGCAGCUGCUGCGAUGGAGACAUCUGCAAUGCGAAGAUUGACUACCCAAAACCUGAUGACAAGCUCACUCCAAGUGGCAGAAAGUGCUUCAGCUGUGUGGGAGAAAACUGCAUGAAAACUCUUGACUGUGUUGGGGAUGAAAACUACUGCGUCAAAGUAACAGGAAAUGUAGAUGGAGCAAGUCUGACCGUGAAGGGAUGUGCAUCUGAGCUGGUGUGCUCAGAUAAGACAGCUUCACUGGUGAAUCAGUUCACUGGAGCAAAGUUGAGCUGCUGCCAGGGCGACUACUGCAACAGCGCCAGCAGUGCCAGUCCCGCCCUGCUGCUCCUGCUGGUGCCUCUGCUGGUUUCCAACUUAUUUUCUUAGCUCAUAGGAAAUACUACAUUGCUGCCAUGUUUUCUUUUUAAUCACAAUUCAUUUGAUAAAUCUGUUCUUUUUAUUUGAUUCUAUAAAAAUGUUUAGUUAAGCAACAUUUUGGAAUUAACAUCUAAUAUACUUUGUUGUUUGUUUGUUUUUCAUUUUGAUUUUUUUUUUCCAAAGAGAAAAUAAAAACUUUUAGAGAAUAA